GCACGGAGAACAAAGGGGCGCGGCCAGUUGACGGAGGCGGAGCCACAUAAGACGUUUGGGGUGGAGGGGUCUCUUACGUUCGGUCACCUCGGACCCCUCGCCGCUUUAGGCCCUGGGGUCGUUCAACGGUUCUCGGGCCUCCUUUUUCAGCAGCCAUCUGGACUGCGUUCCCCCUUAUUAAAAUCGGAUAUUUUUCCCCGUUUUCCCCGCUGGAAGUCAACAACAUCAUGGUUCAACUAGGGCGCCCUCUGCUGAAGAAGUACCGCAACAUCCGUGCGGUCAUCCGGCUGUCCCUCGGCGGUUGCACGAACCGGCCUUUCUAUCGGAUCGUAGCCGCCCAAAACCGACGCGCCCGGGACGGCAAAUACCUCGAGCAGAUCGGCUGCUACGACCCGCUGCCCAACCGCUACGGCGAGAAGAUUAUGGGGCUCAACUUCGACAGGUUCAAAUAUUGGUUUGCUUACGGAGCUACUCCGACCAAGCCCGUCGAGAAACUCCUAGGUCUUGCUGGAUUUUUUCCCCUGCAUCCAAUGACCAUCACAAACGCGGAACGGUUCAGGAAGAAAAAAGCCCAGGAAGCAGAGACGGCAGCCGAAAAUAGAGAUGGAGAAAAGGAAGAUUCGGACGAAGAGCAGGAACAACAGCAGCAAAAUUGAUCCGCGGAGUGAGAAAACCGCACAACAUGGUUGGAGACUGAAAGGAUAAAAUCGAUUUUUCUUUUUUUAAAUACACAAUGUUGUGGCUUUCGUCUACGAAUUCUCGCCCUGGAUUCUCGCUCGUUCGAAGGAAACUUAAUUCCCGUCUUUAAAAGAGGCGCCCGCAACUCCUGGCGCACCAAACAACAGGCCAGCUUUGCACAACCCGGAACUCGUGUCUUCCUAUAAGCCGAGCGGCUUUUGGAGCGAUUAAAUCCCACAUUUUAAAACGCA